AUGUCUCCCAAGCGAGUGGCGCUGGUGACGGGUGGAAACCGCGGAAUCGGCUACGCGGCGGUACGGAGCUUGGCACAGCUUGGCUACUGCGUGCUGCUCGCUGCCCGUGACGCGCAGCGCGGCGAGGCGGCGGCGGCGAAGCUUCAGGCUGAGGGCCUCGACGUGCACCUACUGUGUUUCGCCAUCACUGACGAGGCCUCCGUCGCUGCCGCGGCCCGCGAGGUGGAGGCGACGUACAAGCGGCUGGACGCCCUUAUCAACAACGCCGCGAUAAUGGACUACAACAAUCACAUCGUUCCGCUGAAUCUCCAGCAGAUGCGGGAGGAGUUUGAGGUGAACUUCUUUGCCGCUGUGACUGUCACCAACGCCUUCCUGCCGCUGAUGCUGCGCACCUCAGACGCCCCCCGCAUCGUCAGCGUCAGCACUUCUCUCGCGUCCCACGGGACGGUGGAGCACCCGUACAACAAGUACUGCAGUCCGCUCUUCACGAGCUACAAGUGCACUAAGGCAGCCCUCAACAUGUACACGCACAACCUCGCCUACUGGCUGCAGACGCAGGAGGAGGGGAGCGCCAAGGCGGCGAAGGUGAAUGUGGCGUACCCGGGAUACGUGCGAACGGAUAUGUCGCGAAACUCCAAAGAGGCGCCGAUGGAACCAGAGGAGGGGGCCGAGACCCUCGUUUAUCUCGCAACUCUACCGGAGGACGGGCCCACAGGUGGCUUCUUUCACAAGAAGGAACGCCUGCAGUGGUGA